UUCCUGUCACUAAUCCGUGUUUUGCUGGUUUACACCGUGGUGAACAUGGACGUUCAUGAAGGCAGAGGCAGGCAGCCAGAUAAACUAGUGGUGGUUUGGACAAGAAGAAGCCGAAGAAAAUCCUCUAAGGCUCAUAGCUGGCAGCCCGGAAUCAAGAACCCAUACCGUGGGGUGGUGGUAUGGCCUGUUCCUGAAAACGUUGAAAUUACCGUGACGCUCUUUAAGGAUCCCCACGCUGAAGAGUUUGAAGACAAAGAAUGGACGUUUGUCAUAGAGAAUGAAUCUCCUUCUGGACGCAGAAAAGCGCUUGCCACGAGCAGCAUCAACAUGAAGCAGUAUGCAAGCCCCAUGCCUACACAGACAGAUGUCAAGCUAAAAUUCAAGCCGUUGUCCAAGAAAGUGGUAUCUGCCACACUACAGUUCUCUUUAUCUUGUAUUUUCCUAAGGGAAGGAAAAGCCACGGAUGAAGACAUGCAAAGCCUGGCUAGUUUGAUGAGCAUGAAACAAGCUGAUAUUGGAAAUCUAGAUGAUUUUGAGGAAGAUAAUGAAGAUGAUGAAGAAAACAGAGUGAAUCAAGAGGAAAAGGCUGCAAAAAUAACAGAAAUUGUAAACCAGUUGAAUGCUCUGAGCAGCUUAGAUGAAGAUCAAGAUGCCUGCAUAAAGCGAGCAAAUAUGCCUUCAGCUAAAUCAGCCAGUUCCUCUGAAGAGCUUAUCAAUAAGCUUAAUUUUCUGGAUGAAGAAGAGCAAGACCUGGCCAACUCUAGCACGAACCCUUUUGGUGAUCCUGACACAGCAGAAUUAAAUCCAUUUGGAGACCCCGAUAUAGAAGAACCGGACACUGAAACAGCUUCGUCUUCAAAGCCAGAAGAAAGUUUCUAUGCUGACAAUUACAAUCCUUUCAAGGAUGAAGAUGCCCCAGAGUACUUGAACCCAUUUGAUGAGCCAGAUCCUGAGCCUGAAACGUUUGUAACCGUAAGAGAUUCUCCCCCACAACCUGCAAAAAGGAAAAACGUCCGACCAGUGGAUAUGAGCAAAUACCUCUAUGCAGAUACCUCUAAAGCUGAAGAGGAAGAGCUAGAUGAAUCAAAUCCGUUUUAUGAACCAAAAUCAAGCCCUGCUUUAAUUAAAGUUGCUCUACUGCAAGAACCAGAAAAGAAGAUGAAAAGAAAGGCCCCUGAACCACCAAACCUCUUGCCAAAGACAGAGACAAGCACGAGUGAGAACGUGUCAGCUGUUCCUGCAUCGAGGGAGCUUUCUUCUUCUCCUAAGCCAAGCCCAAUACCAAGUCCUGUUUUGGGGAGAAAGCCAAACGCUAGUCAGUCACUGCUUGUGUGGUGCAAAGAAGUUACAAAAAACUAUAGGGGAGUGAAAAUCACCAAUUUUACUACGUCGUGGAGAAACGGUUUAUCCUUUUGUGCAAUAUUACAUCACUUUAAACCAGACCUAAUUGACUACAAGUCCCUGAAUCCUCAAGAUAUUAAAGAGAACAACAAAAAGGCAUACGAUGGGUUUGCCAGUUUAGGAAUAUCGCGAUUGCUGGAACCUUCUGACAUGGUUUUGUUAGCAAUACCUGACAAACUGACUGUUAUGACCUAUCUCUAUCAAAUAAGGGCGCAUUUCUGUGGCCAAGAGUUAAAUGUGGUUCAAAUAGAGGAGAACAGCAGUAAAAGCACAUAUAAAGUGGGUAACUAUGAAACAGACACCAACAGUUCUGUUGACCAGGAAAAAUUCUACGCAGAACUGAACGACCUGAACCGGGAGCCUGAGCUGCAUCCACCGGACAGUGCUUUGGCAGACUUUGCUUCUCAGGAUGACUCUGUGUUUGUAAAUGACAGUGGUGUUGGUGAAUCUGAGAGCGAGCAUCAGACUCCCGAUGACCAUUUAAGCCCAAGCACAGCUUCCCCUUCUUCUCGCAGGACUCGAAGUGACACAGAUCCACAGAAAUCCCAGCAGAGCUCUGGAAGGACUUCUGCUUCUGAAGACAUUGGGAAGUGUAGCGGUACAGAUACAACGCAAGCGCAGCCUGCGUUGGGAAGGAAGAAAUUGCUGAUAGCUGACACUUUAGACUUGAGUGACUUGGCACAUGUCAGUGAUCAAAAAGAGGAUGUGUCUCCCACGGUUGCUUGUGAAGAUAACGACAAGAAGAGACACCAGAGCUCAGACAGUACCAUUGGUUACUCAGAGCAGGAAAAGCUGGGACGUAUAGGAUCCACAGAGAGCGCAAGAGGAGAUCCUGGUUCACCUGUCACAAAGCCGAGUUUAUCUCCUACUUCUAAGCUUGGAUACUCCUAUAAUAAGGACGUGGAGCUUGCAAAGAAACUGCCUCCUUCUCCGAGGCAAACAGAAUCUGAUUCUGACAACGAUGCCAGAACGGCUUUAAAUCAUGCAGAUCAAGCUGCAAAAACAGCCCAGCAACGAAUGUUGUCAAGACAGGAAGAACUUAAAGAACGAGCGAGAGUUCUGCUUGAGCAAGCAAGAAGAGAUGCAGCUUUAAAGGCAGGGAAUAAGCAGCUAACCAGUACGAUCAUCCCAGCCCGCAAUAAGCAGCUGAAUGAUCAGCAAGAUGAAGAGCGGCGUCGGCAGCUGAGAGAGAGAGCUCGUCAGCUAAUAGCAGAAGCUCGAUCUGGAGUGAAGAUGUCAGAACUUCCUAGCUACAGUGAAAUGGCUGCAGAAAAGUUAAAAGAAAGGUCAAAGGCAUCUGGAGAUGAGGAUGAGGAUGAUGAUAAUAUUGAGAUAGAUACUAACGAGGAGGUUCCUGAAUGCUCUGUUACUGGAGGUGGAGAUGAGCUUACUAACCUAGAAAAUGACCUUGAUUCAACGGAACAAAACAGUAAGUUGGUGGAUUUGAAGCUGAAGAAGCUCCUAGAAGCUCAGCCACAGGUGGCAAAUUCACUCUCCAGUGCUGCUCAGAAAGCUGUAACUGAUAGCUCAGAGCAAGACAUUAAGAAUGGAACAGAGGAGCAUCGUGCUGAGCGAUUACAAAAAGCAGCAGAACGGUUUAGAAAUCCCGUUGUGUUCGGCAAGGACUCUACCAUCAGGAAAACUCAGCUCCAGUCUUUCAGUCAAUACGUGGAGAGCAGACCAGAGAUGAAAAGGCAGAGAUCAAUACAGGAAGAUACAAAGAGAGGAAAUGAGGAGAAGGCUGCGAUAACUGAGACUCAGAGGAAGCCAUCAGAAGAUGAAGUGCUUAAUAAAGGGUUCAAAGACACCAGUCAGUAUGUUGUAGGAGAAUUGGCAGCACUAGAGAAUGAGCAAAAGCAAAUUGACACCCGUGCCGCGCUGGUGGAGAAGCGCCUUCGCUAUCUCAUGGACACAGGGAGAAACACAGAAGAAGAAGAAGCUAUGAUGCAGGAAUGGUUCAUGCUGGUUAAUAAGAAGAAUGCCUUAAUAAGACGAAUGAACCAGCUUUCUCUUCUGUAA